GGAGGAGGAAGGGCAGCAAGCUUCCGUUGUCUUUCGUUUUCAACUUUUUUCUACAAGGACCUUCCCUCGUUGCGAACCUUUUGAAAAUCCUGCGAUGCAGAACGUCCGGGUGCUUGCAGGUCGUCACAGAAUGUCACGUCCUGCGGAUCUCCCCUUGCCUCCCGGUCCGAGCAGGAGAAAGAAGCGGGACAGCAGGCCAAAGACCACGGGGAAACAAUCUCAGCAAAACGCAUCGAAUUCCACGUUGUCUCGUACUCCCUCAACACUAAGCCGCCGAUCUGCUUAUGAUCACCUUCAUCGUUCCUCCUUUGCCGACUUGUGUCAGUUCCUCCGCGACUUCCUUGCCUAUCCACGUCCAUCGCGGAAAUCAUCACGUCGAGUGAGGCGGAAAAGAUCUACGGCGAAUGGACAAGCUCCUCUUUCUCAGCAGGACACGACCGCUACUGCCUCGGUGGUGGUAGUGUCCUCUGUUCCUUCUCGAAAGGAUUUAGUCGAUGACCAAUGCACAGUCGCACGUAAACCGUCUACCGAGAGUAGAUCUCGGGGCGGCAAGUCACUGUCAAUACGAGCGCCGAGCAUCAGCCUCCGUCGAAAACGCCCAACGACGACGAGCAUUGACAAUGGGAGAAACGGCAGUUCAGUAGAUUUAUCGCUUUCAACAAGCAGUUUACCCGAACAGGCUCAGACUGCAACACUUGAAGAGCAGUUGCGGGACUUGGCACUGAAUCAACGAGAUUCCUUUUCUUCAGCGACUACAUCAGCGCCUUCCACAACAGCAGGCAGCAUGUUGCUGAGCGGGUUGACAUUAUACGAUGAACAAGUCCAUGAAGACGAAACCAAUACUGUAGUGAGUUUACCUCUUUCCCCUCCGCCCAAACCUCUUCCACGCUCCGUCACCCGCAUGCAGUCAUCACCAUCAAUGUCGGCCCUUGCUCAAAUGCCGCCACGUCCUCGUGACAAUGAUGCUCUACCGAGUGCCGGAAGCAGGAUGUUUUCACUAGACAGAGAGAGCAUAGACACCAUGGUUCCGCGACGUAGCACAGCCAGCUGCUCAAUGCCGGUUCGUCAUGCUACACCUAAAAAGAAUGUUGUGGAAACCAUGCGAAACAUUCGACGCAGCAUAUCAUCCUUUUCUCUCUUUCGUGCGCGAAAUCAGCAGGGACAGUCGCUUAAAGGCAAUUCAAUGGAUUGGGAGACUCUGGAUGCGACUCCUCCAAAGCUCAGAACGGGAGAACCGCGAACGUCAAUGGUCAUUAAUGACAUUUCACGGGAUACCGCGGUUGUACCAGGGUCUUCAUAUGCCCAGUGCCUAGCGUCUCUUGCUGACGAGGAUGCAUCGGACUCUGAUAUCAGCGUGCUAGUCAUUGAUGAUAGAGAAAGCGACGAUGAUGAUAGCUCCUCAGUGAUUAUUCACCAGCCAUCCGAGGGAUUAAUUCGAAAAUCUAUUUCGGAGCCUCGUAUGCGUGGACCCUGUUGUAGUCAUCAGAAGCCCACCAAGGAUUCAUCUUGGUCCUACGUGCAAGAAUCUACGGACAUGUCCUUUGAUCGCAAGGGACACACAUACUAUUGCGGUGCGUGUGAUGGUGCGCAUAGUAAAGACAAGGACGUGCUUCCAAGGCCGCCACCCUGGAGAGUUCUUUGGAAGAGGCUCAAUCGUGUAAAUGAAUGAAUAUUCUUACUAACUAGUGUUAGAUAUUGUAGAUCUAGAUUAAAAUCACAGUGUGUAUGUACAUAGAAGUUUGCACCUAAAUAAAUGGUGCUAGGUAUCUUAUAUGCUUUUUCAUGUGGAGGUUGAC